AUGGACAAGGACGCGGCGCACGAGUACCUGUCGUCGCUGCUCAACCAGACCUUGAGGAUCGUCACGACAGACGGCCGUCUGUUCCGCGGCCACUUCAAGUGCACCGACGCCGAAAGCAACGUUGUGCUGGCGCAAACGUACGAAUACCGACCGCCGAGCGAGGAGGAGCAGGCUGCGGGUAGCAACGUGACGCUGGACAUGACAUCACGAUACCUCGGUCUGGUCUGUGUCCCCGGCCACCGCAUCACCAAAAUGGAGGUUGAGCGCUUCGCGAGUCAAAUGGGGCAUCGGGAUGGCCAGCAUACCGUAUAG